AACGACAAGUCGUCCACACCGAGCCUGAAGUCCAACACGCCUACACCCAGGAACGAGGCGCCGACACCAGGAACCAGCACCACUCCAGGAUUACGGCCUCUAACGUUGGGCAAACCCCCCGGCAUGGAGGCGUUAGCAGCUCCUGCCCUGCGUACGCCGCUGUCCAUCGCAGGCUCCUAUGCCACCCCGUUUGGUAUGAUGAGUCAUCACGAGAUGAACGGAUCCCUUACCAGCCCCAGCGUUUAUCCGGGUCUCAUCUCACCUCAGAUGAGUGCAGCAGCUGCUGCAGCUUAUGGGCGCUCACCAAUUGCGGGGUUUGACCCUCAUUCUCACAUGAGGGCUCCGGGCCUGCCAGCCAGCCUCACAUCCAUUUCUGGAGGAAAACCAGCUUAUUCUUUUCAUGUGAGUGCUGAUGGUCAGAUGCAGCCCGUGCCCUUCCCUCCAGAUGCCCUGGUAGGCCCGGGCAUCCCACGCCACGCUCGCCAGAUCAACACGCUGAGCCACGGGGAGGUGGUGUGCGCUGUCACCAUCAGCAACCCCACGCGUCAUGUCUACACCGGCGGCAAGGGCUGUGUCAAGAUCUGGGACAUCAGCCAACCAGGCAGCAAGAGCCCAGUGUCCCAACUCGACUGCCUGAACAGAGACAAUUAUAUCCGCUCAUGCAAGCUGUUGCCUGACGGCCGCACCCUGAUAGUGGGUGGGGAGGCCAGCACGUUGACCAUCUGGGACCUGGCCUCGCAGACGCCCCGCAUAAAGGCCGAACUCACUUCCUCUGCUCCGGCCUGCUACGCGUUGGCCAUCAGCCCUGAUGCCAAGGUCUGCUUCUCCUGCUGCUCCGAUGGAAACAUCGCUGUGUGGGACCUCCACAACCAAACCCUCGUAAGGCAGUUCCAGGGCCACACAGACGGAGCCAGCUGCAUCGACAUCUCCCACGACGGGACCAAGCUGUGGACCGGAGGCCUUGACAACACUGUCCGCUCCUGGGAUUUGAGGGAGGGACGGCAGCUCCAGCAACACGACUUUACCUCACAGAUCUUCUCGCUGGGAUACUGUCCCACCGGAGAGUGGCUGGCCGUCGGCAUGGAGAGCAGCAACGUGGAGGUGCUUCAUCACACCAAGCCCGACAAGUAUCAGCUGCACCUGCACGAAAGCUGCGUCCUCUCGCUCAAGUUCGCCUACUGUGGUAAAUGGUUUGUGAGCACAGGGAAGGACAAUCUGCUGAAUGCAUGGAGGACUCCUUAUGGUGCCAGCAUAUUCCAGUCGAAGGAGUCGUCCUCCGUCCUGAGCUGUGACAUCUCAGCAGACGACAAAUACAUCGUGACAGGAUCUGGUGACAAGAAGGCCACCGUCUACGAGGUCAUCUACUAAAGAGAAGCAGUCAGCUGCUCGGCUCCAGCACUUCUGAGAUGACUUUGACUUUUUCUCCAGGCCGAGACGAACUGAGGAUCUAAGCUGGUGGAAAUCAAUGGAUCCGUUGACCUAAGGAUGUUAAUGCUGGAGAGAAGUUCACCUUUUUUGUCCUUUUGUUUUGGAGGGUUUCUUUUUUUCCUCUGAGAAUAUUCGGGUGUCACCCUGUGAAGCAGCGCUUCAUUUCGGAGAACCUUCCUCAGACAUCUUGUGAAAAGUGUAAAUAUCGGAUUAAA